AUGCUGAGCAGACAGCUGAACGACCUGCGUGUGCAGAAGCGGGUCCAAGUGUUUGAAGAUAAAAACAUCGAUAAGCUGACCAGGAACAAAUAUAGCCUAUUUAGGAACGUGUACAAAAAUGUGAUCGUGUCCCCAGCUCACGAGGAAUCCAUAAGGAGUUGCCUGCGCAAGUUGGCAGACAUAAACAAAUCGUUCGGGGCCUUCGAAAAAUUGUUCUACCUGGAGGAGAGCGAUGUACUGCACAGUUUUUACGACCAUCAGGAGGUGGAAGCGAAGCCUUUCGGGGAGGAGUAUCAAAAUGGGCAUAGAGGAAAUUACAAAACUGACACCAGAGUGGAUGACCAUGUGGAUGCUCAAGUGGAUGUUCAAGUGGAUGACCAAAUCUACCGGAAGCACCGCGAAUUCCUGACGAAGGAAGAAGAAAGCGUGAUCAUGAACAAAGUGAAAUCAUUUCUAAAGCUGUGCUCCAUUUAUGCGAACAGAAAAGAAGUGAAAAUCCUGAUAGAGUUUUUAAUUUACAAGUACGAAAUAAAUGUGAAAUGCAGCCAGGACAUUUUGCUAUGCAUUUUACCGAACCUUUCCUUGGCCCACUUAAGGAAUAUUUUGGAGAUUAUUUAUAUAGAAAAGAGUUCCGCCUUUUUCUUCAUAAAUAACUACAAGCACGAGCAUCUAAAAAAUGUGGACCAGUCCGUUUUUGUUCAUCACAUAAAGAGGAACAUAUCGAUAUAUAAAAUUAUCUUCGAGUACGUCGUGGAGUUGAUAUAUAGCAGUGACCUUGUCAGCGGAGAGAGUUCUGCCAGGGUGACGGAAGAUAUCAUCCACAGCUACAUCGACAUGCCUGUGCAGAUAAUCGAAUUUUACUGCAACGUGUUGCUGGUACUUUUGAGAAGAUGUGGGAAGUCCUUCGAGAUGAUGAAGUGUGCACACAGGAAGGGGGGAAAGGAUGACUCUGUCACCCGACACAUGGCUUACUCUAUGGCCACGCUUCAAAUCCACCACUGCGUAGAUUUUUUGGAAAAAUUUUUGAAAGCAUUCGAAGAUGCAAUUGGGAAGUGCAAAACGGGGUUCAACUUUGACUUUUUGAAGAAUAAAAUUUUUGCCUUUUUUGACAGAGAGUUUUUGUCAACGCGGGAGGAAGGAACAACAUCGAUGGGAGGAGAAGAAGUAGGAAUAGCCAUUGACGCGUCCCCCCAUUCCAGAUUUAUGAAUUCGUUACUUGUCCUUUUAAACGUAAUUUACAAAAAUGCGCAUCAAAUAUCCCUCGCCAGCUUUGUUAAGAAGGAACAGGCACACAGUGGGGCAACUCUACAACAGGAGAGAUUCACAUCGGAACACCAAAUAAACGAGAACGUCAUCCAAGGUAUAAUAAACUUUGUGAAGGAAAACAAAAAAAACUGUUUUGACAGUAAUAUAAACGUCAUCAUACAGGAUCACCAGGCUCUGCGAAGUUUGAUGAGUAUCCUAUACAAGCUUAACAGCACCUACGAAGUGGCAGACAAUUUAAUAAAAAUCGUCUUAAUAAAGAGCUAUGCUUUGAAGCUUAAUUGGUUUCCCGUAGAACACAUAUUUUUGCACACGCUAAGAAGUAAACAGAAUUACGUGUUCAACAUAAUCGCCAUGAUAAAUUUUAUAUCUUUUUAUAUUUUCCUAAUUAAAUCGAGGGAGCACGAAUUGGAUGAGGGGAUCUCCGAAGGUUCCAAGCUGAAGAAAAAUGUAGAAUCGUUAGGCACCAGGCAAGUUGUGGAAGCAUUUCUUGCGAAGGUAUCCCAUGGGAACUCCCUUCACCCUGAGGUUGUAAUACGAAGUGAACACUUGUACCACAUUGUUAAAUUUUUUUUGAAGGAAAAUAGCGACCUUUUUAGGAAAAAAAUUAUUUUAUUCGAACUGUACAACAAAAUAGAUGAGCGUUUGUUAAGGCUGGUUAAGGGCGUUAACACCAAACUUCAGCGCCUUCAUAUUUUUAACGCUCUUAGUAAUGACAAAGUCGAUUUUAACGACCCUGAAGUGAUGGAACGGGCCGUCAGGAGUGUCAAGUAUAUGUAUGACCACCGAAAGGGGAGCGACAUUACAGCGGAAGUGACUGUAGACGAACCAACCGAUUGCACAACUGGCGAACGCUCCGAGGAGGCGCCAUUCUCCCUAGGAACUAUAAAAAAAGGAAGGAAUUUUUCCAAUUCGAAGAGAAACAUAGAGUGCCUGUACGCGAAAAUAUUCUACCAGCUGAGGCAAAAUAAAAUCCAGUUGGUGGAUUACAUGAAGAAGUACGAAAAAGAACUAAUCUAUUUUUUCCCCUCCAAAAAGUACCUAUACCGCAUAAUGUUUGACGCGUUCAAUGAACUGAAGCUCCGCAACUUUUGUGAAAUUGACAAUGAAAGAAAUACGACGUUUUUAAGAUUUUAUAUGAAAUUAUUUCUGACCAAAUUGGAAAUUAAAAAUAAAGCAAAAUUGCAAAAUGAAAAAUUUUUUAAAAAAUUCGUCAAUGUCAACUUUGCCUUUUUUUUCGUCCUUUAUGACCACCUAGAGAAUAAGCACCUCUCCCCGAAUAAUUCCUUCUUUUCGAGAAAUAUUUUAUCUGAUAGUUUCCAGCUGGUGAAGGACUUUUUAACAUUACUAACAAGGUUGAAAAAUGUUCAGGGAUAUACAUUUGAGGAGUUCUUCCAAGCCGAAAUGAAGCAGCGCCGCUGCGAAAACAUCAAGGGGGUGAUAAGGCACAGCAUGCCCUUCAGGGCACUCAUACUGUGCAGAAUUGCGUGCCAUUUGUCGGCAGAAGUGGGAAACUGCGUGGAGGAGUACAUACGUGGGAGCGUAUUCGAAGGGGGAGAAGUGAAAGAUGGCCCGGUGGGAGGCAACUCCCCACCCGGAGAAGACUUAAGACGCUUCCUCCUGAAUAUCCUUAAAUGUGUAUUCAAACACCUGGAGGACGUCAGCUCCAUUAAAGAAGAGUUGGAGAGCCACCUCUACAAAAACAUUGAGGAGUCGUUUCAAAAAAUCAUACUACAAUUUAGGAGGAUAAAUUCCUCAGUGACUUUUUACCUGUACUGCAAAUAUCUGAACUCAUUUUUCUUGAGCGACGCAUACAUCCAUUUUGUGUUGAAGACCAUGGAUCUCUUCUUCUGCAUUUUUAAAUCGGAAAAAACGAAGAAGUAUAUAAAAGAUAAAAACAUCUGUAAAAUAAUAAUUGCGGAAUUGUUUCGAUUUAAAUUAAAAUUAUUUAAAAAUUUAGACGUGAAGUCUUUUUAUCAAUGUUUUCUUCUCUCAAUUUUGGCGAUAAUAUUUCCUGACCUAUUAAAUUCUCAUCGGCACGCGAGUAUGUUGUAUGAUGCAAAAAAACAUUGUCACAGUGGCUCCUUUGUCAUCGAUUAUUUUGUCAUUAAUAAGUUGUUCGAAAACGAGCGGGGGAAGAAAUGCGAAGGGGUUUUUCAUUUGUUGGAAGACAACCAGAAAGAAGGGGGCGGCUUCCCCGAUGUGCAGCACCAUGGGGAGAGUACCCCCAACCAGGGAGAUCAGCCCAACCAGGGAGAUCAGCCCAACCAGGGAGAUCAGCCCAACCAGGGAGAUCAGCCCAACCAGGGAGUUCAGCCCAAUCAGACGAUAUCACCACCUUCCCAUGAGUACACCGUUACGCACCUCUUUAAAUACGGCAAAAGGAAUGGCAAACUGGGAAUGAACAAUAAAGGCUAUGAAGAAAGAAAAUACUACUUGUUCAUUUUUGCCUACCUAAGUAGACCCUUUUUUGAUAGCUUUCUUUCCCAUUUCCAUAAUAUCCAUCGGAAAAAUUAUAUAUAUGGGGAAUUCUUGAAGGACGCUUUAGUACUAGCCUUUUUGAGAAAAAUUAUGCGAAGAAAUUCAUACCCAUAUAAAAUUACCAAAAUUUAUAAGGCCAUAUUGGCCGAUAAAUGUGACUCGUCGCUGGAGAAAAGGGAACUAUUUCUUUUUCUUCACCUGGUCGAUUUUUAUGUGAACGCUUUGGAGAACGCGACUGUGAAGGGGGGCAGACGGGGUGUUAGGCGGGGUGUCAGGCGGGGUGUCAGGCGGCGAGCCAAGCAAAAGGGUGGGGAAGUACCAACGGAGAGAAGCUUCCCCAAUGGGAAUGGCACCACGAGUGAGCUGACUAUUGGGAAGAACCACAUCACUGGGGAGGAUGGCAGCGCAACCAAGACGAAUGCAUCCGCAUACAUUCCGGCGAAACUCCUCAAAAAAGUGAAUUUACAAAAGGUCGAAUGGCGGGGCUGCUCAGACUUCCAAACAUUGAGCAGCAAAAAAAAAUUAAAAAAAAUUAAGUACAAAAAUAUAGUGAACGAACCAGGAGGGGAAGAAGCGGACAAAGCCUUCUUCCAAAAUCUCAAGGGGUUCUUUAAGUACCAUGAAAAUCUUUUCACAAAUUCGCAUUUCAAUAAAGAAGUAGAAAUAAAGGCCAUCUGCGAAUCUAUCAUACGACACGUCAUCAAUUUUAAGGACAAAUUUCUAGCAAUCCAGUUAUUCUGUAUUAGGAACUUUGCUACCAGCUGCCUGUUCACGAAAGAUUUGCAUUCGUGCAUUGAAAAAUUAGAAAUAGCUAAUUUGAUGCUGUUUAGGAAGCUGUUUUCCAACAGAGCGCAUCAGGAUUAUCAGUCCAUUUUGCUCAUGUGCAAAAAUGUGAGUAGUGUAAAGGAGAGGAACAAAAUAUUGCUGUUUAUGGAGGAGCAGAUGAUACAGGUCGGCAGGGAAGAAGGUCCCUCCGCGAGUCACCUGGCCAUCCUUAAAAUUGUGAUUGCGUUGUCGGAAGGGGGAGAAGGCAGUGGAAGCGGAAGUGGCAUCGGCAUCGGAAGUGGAAGGGGAGAGGCGCCCGUGGAGGACCCCAUCCACGCCCAGUUUGUAGAAACCCACAUUAGAAUAUUUAAAAAAAUUGCCAAGUACGCACAAAUAAACGACAUCAUAUUUUUAAAGCUACUAAAAUACAUAAGCAACAUUUGCAGCCUUGUAUAUGAAGUGCCCGAUCUGGUAGCGAAGCACUUUUCGCUGACAGGAAAUAAUUUCCUUUUCGAAGUUGUUUCCUUUUUGGAAGCAAAUUUUUUUUAUCUGCGUGAGGAUGUUACUGCCCAUCUGAAGCCCCUGGCGCACAUUUUGGACAAAACGAUUAAGAGGAAGAUUUGGCUCUUUGUACAGGCUAAAAAAAGAGCUACCGCUACUGCUGCCGCUGAUGGUGCCGCCGCUGAUGCUGCCUCCGCUUCUGCUCCAGGCGAAGGGGAAAGCAGAGGAGAUAUGCGCGCAAAUUCUGGUGCCCAUGCAGUUCCACACAGUGGAAGUCAUACCGCAAGCGGAGCUGAUCCCAGAGGGGAGUCUAUGGCCAGUUUGGCACUUCCCCCGAAUGACUCUACAAAGGAUUACAGAGAGGAGGAAGUCAUUGCGGAAGACGAAUUGGCGGAAGACGGAUUAGCGGAAGACGAAUUGGCAGAAGAACACCUAUAUUGCAAGGAGUAUAAUGGAAGUAAAAGCCCCACCCGCGGAUUACCAACGUUGGAGAUGAGCGAAGCAGAAGAAGACAUGGACAGACACUACCACCUGCACACGUUUGCCUACUUGUGCACAUUUAUUAACCGCAUAUUUAAAAACGAAAUAAAUUUAGAUCACUUCACAGUCCUAGUGAACAAUUUAAUUUUCCUCUUCAACAAAAAAUACACGUCGUAUGUCAUAGCCAUUUGCUUCAUAAACUUAGUAAUAAAAAUUAAGUUGGAAAAAUUACACGCUUGUAGAAAUUAUUUUCUCGAAAUUUGUUACGUGUACUUUACCAGCGAUGUAGAUUAUUGCAUUAAUAGCCAUUUGUUGCUUCUUCUGGGGCUGUAUCUUUGUCCACACACUCCUGCGAAGGAUGAAUUGGUGGAAGGGGUCAGUCCACAUGGGGAGAGACACACAAAUGAGGGAGACGGUUCAGUUAGAACAACUCAUUCCCAACCUCUGUACGAAGACCUAAGCACGAUUUACCCAGAGUAUUUGUUAUCCAAGCUGAAGUACAUCAAGCCACAUCUGAAAAAAGUUAAGAACAAUCAGAAUCUCUGCCUCAAAAUAAUUUCCCUCAUAUCUAUAGUUAACACUCUGAACAGAAAUGUAAUAAAAUCUAUUUCGUAUUUUAUCUACAUUUUGACUCUGCAAAAUUUUGUGCUCUGUUUCUGCUUCGCUAGAGAUAAGGCCAUUAACAGGAAGCUAAAUAUCCUUUUUAGGAAAUUUUCCUUUCGAAAUACCGAUACAUUUAUUUGGGCCUACGUGAUGAACAACUUCAGAAUGGGAGGAACGUCCGAGAGGGGAGUCGCUCCUGUUGAGAAAUCCUCUAACGAUGCUAACCCUAGGGGGUAUCACUUCGAGGAGCUAUUCUUGCUCAAAUUUUUGCAGAACCUGAACAAGCUGAAGGACCAUAUGAAAUUUGAAGAAGGAUACAAAAAGUUACUCAGAUGCAGAGAGAAGCUAAACAACGAGAGCAGCAAGGACUCACACGACAAGAGUGCAGCCCAAUCCGAGGAGCAUUUCCUCUUUGAUAUUUUUAAUGACCUGCUAAAAAAGGAAACAUAUGAUGAAAACGAAAUUAGUAGCAUUAUGAAUAAACAGCUAUUCAACUUUUAUGAAUUUCUAAUAAAUAAAAUGGUCAGCGUAAAUUCUGUCAAAUGCCCAAACCUUUUUAAAGAAAUGUCCAUUUUUAUGAACCAGAAAUUGAAUAGCGGAACGGACGUGAAGCCAAUAUUUGAUGCUCUCAUUUAUUAUCUCUACACUAGGAAAAAUGUGAAGGCCAUUGCGUCACUGAAUCAAAUGUACAUUUAUAACAUGUUCAAUAAGGCCCUAUUCAAAAUUUUUGUGGAUGAUUAUGCGAAGAUAAUCAUCAUAUCGAAGGUGAACGAAAUUUUGAGGACACUACUUCAGCAGUUCUACUUCGUCGUAGGGAAUGAGCGAAAGAACAGUUGGAGUGCCGCGUUCCUAGACGGGGGCCCUUCCGAUGAAGCGGAGAUAAUUCCCUUAACUCAUCUGCAAGGAGACGCGGAGGGGGACAUCCACGGUAGAGGUAACAUGCCAAUUAACAGUGCCACUUUUAAGGGACCAAUUUCUGACAAGGCGAAAAAGAAGAGAACCUUCUGCAGCGAGAUGGACGUGAUAAAUGAUGAAUGCAGAAAGUAUUGUGAGCGCGUGUGUCGUCUGAGCAAAGGUGCACUCAGUGACGAACCAAUCGUGGAUCUCCACAACCAUAAUGUUUUUCUCGAUGUGGAUGACCCAGCAGAUAAGGACCUGACAUACCUGUCCGACGCGGACUCGAUCGAUUUGUAUUGCACACUGGGUGAUGAUAACGAAAGGGAUAACAACUCAGAGUGUGCCGAACCGCACAACGUAGUAGCCACAACUACCAAAUUAAGUGCCACACAAAUUGCGCACAUAAAAAAUACAAACAAGUCGAAAGAUCUGAACAGCAUUUUCUUCCUGGACCUUUACCCCCUGAACACAAUAGUGAAGUGUAUAUCAUCGGUGCUGCUUAACUUCCCGCUGUUUACGAAAAAACACCUAAUUGAGUUAUUCAGAAUAUUGUUUUUAAAAAAUAGACAUUACGUCCUAAUUAAUGAGAAGAAUGUCCUACAAAAUAACUUUUACAAUUUGAACAAAGAAAACAAAAUGAAGCAUAUUAGCAAAGUAAUGAUGAACCCGUUGAAGAAGCUAAACAUGUAUCACUUAUUUUUUAUCUUUUCAAAUAAUCACUUGGAACUUUGCCUAAAGCAUGUAAUGAGAUACUUCAAGAAAAACUUCGUCCAUUUGGCCAACAGGAAGGCGACUUCGACCUCGACCUCGACUGCAACCUCAUCCGCAGCCUCCUCCACAACCUCAUGCGCAACGUCAAUCGCGACCUACAGCUACAACCAAUCCGUCGUUUUGAACAACGCUCUAUUUGUUUAUCAACAUUUGGUCAUUUUUCAAAGCAGUUUAGCUACCUCCAAGAAGGGAAGCUCCGAUUUAGGGUUGAAUCUCCUCUUCUGCAUUUUAAAAGCUCAUGUUAAGAAUUGUUCAAAUUAUGUUACCACUUUGGUUGGUAAAUGGGGAGAUAAAAUAGAAAAGCUUAACGGAGUGAAUUUCUUCACUUAUCACAGUGACCACUCCGAUUGGACAAACACCUCCGAUGUAGAUAAAGCGACAAGUGAGCUAACUGUGGAUCUAAGAAUUGAGGAGGAGAAUAUUGUGAAGUCUUUAUUGUACACCUCGACCAAAAUGAAAUUGUCUUCCUUGGGAAGCUUUUUUGAUAAACUCCUAGCAUCAUUCGAGCAGCCAAAUUUUGAAUCCAAUUCGAGUUCCCUCCUAGAUAACUACAAAACAGUGUACGAGAGGAGGAUAUAUUUCCUCUACUUUUACAGACUUUAUCAAAAUUUUGGUUCCGUGUUGAGUGAGAAAAAUAAGUACCUUUUUGACCUCCUGAACAAUAUCAAAUUUGUGCUACUUGCAUGUCAUCGGAAUUGUUGCCAAUUGGGUUCUGCCGCCGCUACAGGGGGGGUCAUCACGGGAGAUGCUGCCAAUGCGGCGUGUGAAGAUACCCAUGAGGACGAUGUCCAAGGGGAUCAGAAUUACAACAUCGAAUAUACUACCACUGUCGGGACAACGAAACGAAGGAAGGUAAAAAAAGUGACCAUCAGAAGCACUUGGUAUUGGUUCGACUUGGGUUACUGCACGCUCCUAUGUCUGUAUGAAAUUCUAAAAAAUGAAAAAAAAAAUCAAAAAAAUUUCACCCCCAUAUAUUACCAAACCUGUUUCGAUUAUGUUAUAAACUAUUUCGAUAUUUUCGCAUACCUUCCAAGAAUACACACAAACGAUCACUUUAAAAACGCCAUCAAUGAAGACGGCAUACGAGAUAGUGAACACUUGGACACCAAAAUGGUUUCUGUUGCCCUCCUCGACAUUUUAAAGCUAAUCCUGUUUGAACUUUACUCCUUAUAUAUAAAUGACCCGGAAAAAAUACAAAUCAUGACAAUGAGACUUUCCUUAAAAAAUGAAAAUAACAACACCAGCUGUAAUGUUACCCUGUGCAUAAUACUCACGUUGAAAUAUAUUUACGAUACUAUUGGGUAUAGAGAAUUGCUCUUCGCCGUCACAGAUUUGUAUCAGCUAUUUUCAGAACUGAAUGACCAUCCUGAUGACGAAAUUGAAUUUGUCACGAAGGAAUGGUUCGCUUCGAUAAGUAAAUUCUCAGCUGAGGGGUGA